GUAUUCCUGUUUUAAAGUGCAGCUCUUUCAAGUGAGCGGGUUACAUGUUUCACAAGCUUUGAAAAGGCCCAAACAAGUUAAAUGGUCACCUUUAUUUACAGCUGCGGGACUAGGUAUUAGAUCUCUUCCAGGAAGAAAAUUUGAUUAAUGGCUCUUUUCCAGAGUGGGGACAAUUGAAGACUUUUAUUCCGCAGAGCGUGAAAUGUGCCUCUUCCUGCCGAGGGGCCUUCUCCUGGCCGCGGCUCCUGGGGCGAUUUCCAGCCUCAGGUGUCUCUCGCCGCGGGCCGGGCCGCUCUCGGGGCGGGCGUCCGGGACUUCCUGUCUGGGCGCGGGGCGGAAGGAUCGCGUUGCCAGUGGAGGCGGCCGCCGCCGCCGCCCCUGCCGUUAGGUGGUGGGGUUUCUCAGCCCGGCGGCGGGAGGCGGGCCGGCCUCGGCUUCCUGUCGGAGGACGCGCAAGGAUCUGGGCGUCUGAGUGUGAGCGAGUGCGUGAGUGUGUGUCGGUCGCACGGCGUGUCUUCGGCCGCGGGUUCCGCCUCCUCCCCUGCCGCCGCUGCUCACGGUGUAAGUCAAUGUGAAGCAGCAGCUCCAGCCCCGGGAUAAACAUGGCGACGUCUCUGCAUGAGGGACCCACGAACCAGCUGGAUCUGCUCAUCCGGGCUGUGGAAGCAUCAGUUCACAGCAGUAAUGCCCACUGUACAGACAAGACCAUCGAAGCUGCCGAAGCCCUGCUUCAUAUGGAAUCUCCUACCUGCUUAAGGGAUUCAAGAAGUCCUGAAUUUAUCCAUGCUGCUAUGAGGCCAGAUGUCAUUACAGAAACUGUAGUGGAGGUGUCAACUGAAGAGUCUGAACCAAUGGAUACCUCUCCUAUUCCUACUUCACCGGAUAGCCAUGAACCAAUGAAAAAGAAAAAAGUUGGCCGUAAACCAAAGACCCAGCAAUCACCAAUUUCCAAUGGGUCUCCUGAGUUAGGUAUAAAGAAGAAACCCAGAGAAGGAAAAGGAAACACAACCUACUUGUGGGAGUUUCUUUUAGAUCUACUUCAAGAUAAAAAUACUUGUCCCCGUUAUAUUAAGUGGACUCAAAGAGAAAAAGGCAUUUUCAAACUCGUGGAUUCAAAGGCUGUCUCUAAGCUUUGGGGAAAGCAUAAGAACAAGCCAGACAUGAACUAUGAAACUAUGGGACGAGCUUUGAGAUAUUAUUACCAAAGGGGUAUUCUUGCAAAGGUUGAAGGACAAAGGCUUGUAUAUCAGUUUAAGGAUAUGCCCAAAAACAUAGUGGUCAUAGAUGAUGACAAAAGUGAAACCUGUAAUGAAGAUUUAGCAGCAGCCACUGAUGAAAAAUCGUUAGAACGCGUGUCGCUGUCUGCAGAAAGUCUCCUGAAAGCAGCAACCUCUGUCCGUGGUGGGAAAAACUCAUCUCCUCUAAACUGCUCCAGAGCAGAGAAGGGUGUAGCUCGAGUUGUGAAUAUCACUUCCCCUGGUCGUGAUGCUUCAUCCAGGUCUCCUCCGACUACUGCGUCUGUAUCAGCAACAGCAGCUCCAAGGACAGUGCGUGUGGCAAUGCAAGUACCUGUUGUAAUGACAUCGUUGGGUCAGAAAAUUUCAACUGUGGCGGUCCAGUCAGUGAACACAGGUGCGCCGUUACUCACCAGUAGUCCAACGACAGCAAGCUCUCCAAAGGUAGUUAUUCAGACAAUCCCUACUGUGAUGCCAGCCUCUGCUGAAAAUGGAGACAAAAUCACCAUGCAGCCUGCCAAAAUUAUUACCAUCCCAGCUGCACAGCUUGCACAGUGUCAGCUGCAGACAAAGUCAAAUCUGACUGGGUCAGGAAGCAUUAACAUUGUUGGAACCCCACUGGCUGUGAGAGCACUUACCCCUGUUUCCAUAGCCCAUGGUACCCCUGUAAUGAGACUAUCAGUGCCUACUCAGCAGGCGUCUGGCCAGACUCCUCCCCGAGUUAUCAGUGCGGUCAUAAAAGGGCCAGAGGUCAAAUCAGAAGCGGUGGCAAAGAAGCAGGAACAUGAUGUGAAAACUUUGCAGCUGGUAAAAGAAGAAAAACCAGCAGAUGGAAAUAAGACAGUGACCCACGUAGUGGUCGUCAGUGCGCCUUCGGCUAUUGCCCUUCCUGUGACUAUGAAAACAGAAGGACUAGUGACAUGUGAGAAGUAAGCUAGCAGCUCUGCCGUGGACUAUAGACUGUUAGUGAUAGUACUAACAUGAGUAUUUGCAAGGGGUGUCAAGAAAAGUCAAAAGAAGACUUUAAAACAUUUUUAAUGCUUCUAAGAAAACAAUCAAAUUUACUGGAAAUAAAUUACCUAUCCCAUGUUUCAGUGGGAAAUGAACUACAUAUUGAGAUGCUGACAGAAAACUGCCUCUUACAGUCGAAAACAACUGAACCCGUCAAUAACAUAAAGGAUUGAAAGGGACCAAGCAACUCACUACAAUAUCAAGUUACACUAAGACUUGGAACACUAACAUUCUGUAAGAGGUUAUAUAGUUUUCAGUGGGAGGGGUUGGGAUGGGUGAUUUCAUUGUUACAUAUAGCAAUUUUUGAUGCAUUUUAUAUGCAUACCAGCAAUUAUUACUGUGUUCACACAGAACUCACUUAACUGGUGCUAUGUGAAGACUCUGCUAACAUAGGUAUUUUAGAAUGUGAAUUGAAGAAUGGAUCCAAAAGCUUCAGAAAGAGGAUAGCAAAAAAAGAUCUAGUGCGAUUUUUUUUUUUUUAUAUCAUAUAGCUUAAGCUGAUUUAAAACAAAGGCCUUAGACUAAUUUUUGGUUUUCUUUAUUGAAAUAAGCUAAUGGCUUGUUUGUGUAAAGCUUUUUUUAUUAAAAGAAAAAAUUUUAAAAAUCUUGUACCUAGCACAGUAUUGUUAUAGAAUUUACAUGUAACAUUUUAUAUGGUAGUUUAAGUCUGUCAGUUUCUUAAUUGUGGACAAAUUAACAGUUGGUUCUGGCCUUUUGCUGUAACACGCCUGUGUCACUCACUUAGCCCUGGCAUCUGUGCAGACAUGUCAGUCUCAGUUCUACUGUCACUUGGAAGUUAAGGCUCAGCAUGAAUUUUUGUCAGGUAACUCUAAUACCUGGAGUUUUCUUUCUUUCUUCCUUUUUUUUUUUUUUUAGUUGAAGUUUAAGAGGGAAAGUACCAGUGUUCAGAUUUGAACUAUAAUAGUUUGUAUAUUCAACAUUUGAAGUAUAUUCUAUUUUGUUGUACUCUUGUUUCAAAGUGUAUUCAAGUAGGUUUUCUGAAAUAUAGAAAUGAAAUUUAUCUUGCGUUUUGUCCUCUGGUGAUAUUUAUGACAAUAUUCAAAAGCUAGUAUAGAGGCAUUAUUUUAGUUAAGUAAUGAAGUCCUAUUUCUCCUUCCCAACUGCUGCAUAAGAAAUUCGACUUGUUUUGUUCCAUUAUAUUAAUAUUUGGCAAAUAUCUAUCUGCAUGUUACCACUUCCUUUCUAAUUACUACCUACCAUAACAAAUUUACUAUUUUAAUGUUGGCCACACUUAAAGAAUUUCUAUUAUAGAUGAAAUCAGACCAUUUGUUUCACAGCCAGAUUUUUUGAGGGUUAGAAAGAAUGAGUAACAUUCUCGCCCUUUUACAAAUUAGGAAGUGGAGGUACCAGAGGGAUUAGAUGAAUUUACUAAUUUCGCACCAAACUAGGUCCUGAGACUCCACAUCUUAAUGCUCUUUCUAUUUACUACAAAGAAAAGUUGUCUAUUUUUACAUCUUUUAGAGAUUUAAAUAAACUGAUACUUAAUAUUUUGUGGCCUUUAAUUGUGCAUUUCAUCAGAUGCUACUUAGAUCGACAGAUUUUUAUAACAACUCCCUUUGUUAAUCUUUUAUCUUUUCCGUAAAUAUACCUGAUGGGACUUUUUAAUAAAAAAGCUCAAAGAAAAACUCACCUGAUUCUUACCCCAUUAGAGAGUUAAUCUCAAAUUCUACCUCCUCUCAAAACAUUUCCUAAAUAUUUCAGCUUUCAGAAUUGUACUAUGUGCUGUGGCACUUAAUUGUAUUGUCCUUUUGUGCACUGUGGUUUCAUUUGUUGAGUCAUGUCUUCCAUAGUACUUUUCUCGGGCAGCGAUUAUAGAUUACCUACACCCCUCCCCAAGUGCUGAGUGUAUUAGAUACAGACAUGUAUUGAUUUUGGUAACAUUUGCUAAGAACAUAAGUCACAUUCUAUGGAGAAUAGCUAAAGAAACUUGAAUUUUAGGGAAUUCUUUCCCCCAGGCUGUAUUAAUUGGUUCUAAUUAGGUUCCAAGCCAAGGCUACCUAGCUUACCUCCACCACUCUACCUCAACAUUUUACUGCAUCUCUUUCAGAAUAAGUACGCCUGUGGUCUAGAUACGGAAGCGUACAUGUUGACAGUGUGUACUGAUGGAAUGUUCUAGUGGUUGACAUGAUCAGUGGUAUGGCUUUUAAUCCGAACCCUUCUAAACCAUAAAUUUUAUUUCCUUUUUGUGUCCAGCAUAUUGGAGAAGAACCACCCGGCAAUGGCUUGAUGCCACUCCAUUUUCCAGCCUCACCAGGCUUUUGAACAAUGAUCAGCAGCCUGUCCACUUACUCCUUAGGUCAUCUUCCAGCAACAAUUCCAGCCGUCACCACCCCGCUCACCAAAUGAGCAGUAUACCUCUUUACAGAGAACAUGGAGCUCAUGAGCUGUCAACUCCCUCCAUUUCUGGAACCCUUGCUAUAAGACCAUGUACUUAUUUCAUCAUCCACCCUCACCACCAGUCUCCAGAAGGAGGCAGGUGUGGCGCCUUCUUGUACCAGCAUUUCUUCCCCCUUUCACACCUACUUGUUUCCUUGUUCCAAGAAUAGCGCAUCCUUUCUUCAGUAGCUUGCAGUAUGAAUUCUGGCUUAGAGAGAAACAGUUCUUGUUGAGGUCUCCAAUAACCCAAUAAUCAAAUCAAAACAGGUGCUCUGUUUUUUCCCCACACAAUCUUGUGGCUCAGCCUUCUUAAAAUUCUCCUUUGAUUUUCCAUAACAUCCCUCCUGGUUUACCUCCUGCCUGACCAACUCUUUUUAGGUGACUUUGCUUUCCCGUUUAAUGUUAGUACUUACCAAGAUUCGGUCUAUGGAGCUCUAUUCCUCAUCGAGUAGUUGUAAGAAUUAAAUGAGUUAAUUUAAAUUUGUUAAGGGUUCAGAACCAGUGUCUGGCAUAUAGCAAGCACUCUAUUAAAUGUUUACUAUUAUGAUUUCACCUCAACAAAAUUGUUUAUCUCACCUAAUGCAUGUGGUUUUUACUACCAACUGUAUUGUUCUAGACGUGGUCUUAGAUGGGUUUAUCUAAUUGCCGACUGGCUACUUCCUCCUGACUGUCCAGUUGAACUCUCUUCCGUCUAAAACCUGUUCCUUAGCUCUUAGCUCAGUAAAUGACGGUACCAUCAACCCAUUACUCCUUCCCCUCCGUCACCUUCCCCUUACUUACUGUGCUCUUCCCUGUGGCCUCCCAGGACUCACAACCCCCAACAUCUUGCCUUCAGCUGAAGGUGGUAUUUAAGGUGGUGACCUCAGCUAUUUUGGCAAGGGAACUUUUUCUGGUGUCUUUCUCAUGUAUACAGGAGGUAUACAUGUUAUAUUAAACUUUUGUUUUUCUCCUGUUAAUCUGUCUUGUAUUACAGGGAUGUCUCAACCAAGAACCUAAAAGGAUAGAGGGAAAACUCUUCCUUCCCUACAGAGCAAUAAGCUCUGUAUACACCGUAGCGCCUAGGUGUGAGUAGGGUGUACCAUCUCAGCUUGUGUAAGUAUGAUGUCACAGGAUGAAAUCCCGUUUCUGCAUUUCUCAGAACGCAUCCCUAUCAUUAAGCGGUGUGUGACUAUUGGACAAUAUUUGACAUCCAGACAUUACAUUCUCAUCCAGAUACGCUUGCUUAAGGCUGUUGUGAUGAUCUCUUUUCAGGUUGGUGUACUUUGGGGUAGGUAAACAAUAUUUAAUGCCUUUACUUAAAAGUAUUCUAAUCAAUAUUGUUUCUCAACAUGCUUACCAUUAGUGAUGCUAAGAUUUGAACCAAACAGUACAGAUGUUCUUUCUGCUUGACGUACCUUCCAGGUAGUCUUAAGAUAGUACGCAUGUCUACAAUGGACUGAAAACCUCAUUUGUUUCUAACGUGGUUCCAAUGCAGAGUACUUGGGUGAAGCCUUUUGGGGAACUCUCACUUUGGCGCUGAGGGGUACCAGGCAAGCACAGCAUAGACGCCUUAAAUGUGCAGCUGUAGAUCCAGCUCAGUCCGCUUUAAAACUGAGGGCCUCCGUGUAAAUAGUGUGGGCACCACAUUUAACAGUAUUGAAAGAUCAAAUCUAUCCCAGAUUCUUUUUGGAUUAAAAAAACAAGACAUUAGAAGUCUAGUU